GUUGUGGAACAAAAAUCAUGCAGGCGGACAAAGAUAAUUCAUAACGGUUGAUAUAUUGAGCUCCUCGUCAAAGGGUGGGGAAGAAUGUCACUGUAUACAAAAAGGCUUCUGGCAGUUCUCCCCUCCAUUUCUCCUUUCAUUAGCAAUUCAACCAUAUAGGAGGAACAUUUUCACUAAAUAUAAGCUCAUGGACCAAGUGCACCUUGUAUCCGUGGCAACACCAGGGUCUGAAAAUAGCACUGCGUCCCUGUCACCCAACACUUCAGGGUCUCCAAAUUCUGAAGACUGGGAUAUGGUCUACACCAUCAUCCCCCCUUACAUCUUCAUCCUUUCCCUGCUAGGCCUCCUCUUUAACAGCUUUGUCCUGGGGGUUUUCUUCAUCCACAAGGAUCGACUGACAGUAGCUGAAAUUUACUUGAGCAACCUGGCGCUGGCUGACUUUAUCCUCCUGUGUGGCCUCCCCUUCUGGGCUAUGAGCAUCCUCUACAACUACAACUGGCCCUAUGGAGAUUUCCUGUGCAAAAUGGUCAACUCCAUCAUCAUUAUCAAUUUCUACACCAGCAUCUACACACUUGUGAUGAUUAGUGUAGAUCGCUACCUUGCAAUUGUGAAAACCAUGAAGGCGAGGUGGCUGAGAAGAAGACUUCAUGCAAAAGUGAUUUGCUUCAUUCUGUGGAUAUUCGGUCUCCUAUCGAGUACUCCGGUCAUGGUUCUAAGAAAGGUAAAAGUCUUAGAGGAGUACAAGACAACAUCCUGUGUCCUGGAUUAUAGUCACAGCAGCUUUUGGAAGUUGGCCCAUCAGAUUCAGGUGAACGUGGUGGGGUUUGCCCUUCCUGUUAUAGUCAUUGUUUUCAGCAGUGGGAACAUAGUCAAAGCUUUGGCUCGGAGGAGGGAGCAUGUAGCUUUUAAUGAAAUAAAGGACACAAAGGCCACACUACUGAUGUGUGCCGUCACACUACUUUUCUUAUUUUGUUGGGGUCCCUUCCAGAUUUUCACCUUUCUCGACACGCUCUGUGAUGUCGAAGUGUUGGAUGAGAAGCUUUGGUUUCACACACUGGAUAUAGGAGGACAAGUUUCAGUGUAUCUGGCCUUUCUCAACAGUACCCUUAAUCCACUGCUGUAUGUCUUCUCAGGGCAGUACUUUAGGAGGAAAGUUAGUGCCAUCUACAGGAGGACUAGAAACACUCGCAGAGGAUCAGAUAUGACAACAUUCCAACGUUCUGUUGUGUCCACUUACAUCAACAGACCAGAGCAGAUAAAACCUGUGGUGAUUUUUUAAAACAAUAGGUCACAUGUUACACACUGUCAUCGUCUUCUGUUGCUGAUAAUGGAGGAAAAAGGUGACAAAACACAUUUGUUGUUGAUUGUUUACUCAAAAUGAAUGCAGAUAUGUGGUUAAAGCACAGCGAGUAUGCAUUUUAUUGUAUUUUUCAGGUUAUAUUUGUGGGCAUUUUGGACAGGACAACUGAAGAGAGACAGGAUAUGUGGGGAGCAGAGAGAAGGGGGGGACUUGCAGCAAAUGGGGGAGCUUGAAUCAUGCCUGCGACCUCUAUGACGAGGGCUGUAGCCUCUGAAUAUGGGGCGCGUGCUUAGACCGCUAGGCCAUCCCUGCCCUGCAGCUAUGCAUUUCAUGGAGUAAUAGAUACAUUCAGAGAUAAUGGACAUGAGCUGUAAAAGACGAAAAGCAAAUUUCAUCUGAAGUGUCUCAAUAAAAGCUCCUCUUUCUCUAUA